CUUUGGCGGUAGCCCCGAGGGUGUUUGCACACGGGUCCCCGACGUGCAGCUGCUUGGAGUGAGCUCUCGUGCGGUCCCGGCCCCAGUGCUGACGCUCUGGUCUCGGGGCUCCUUCACAUCCCAGCCGCGGCGCCUACGUGUGCCGAAGGGCUGGUGACAGCUUCAGGCAUUUUUCUGUUCGAGGGGUGACUGGCGCUCAGUGAUUUCUCUCACUUUACAGAUGAACCCUAAGGCUCGGCCGUAAUAAGAGGCUUGAGAUCAUUCCUGUGCUUUUUCCUCGGAGACGACUUCCACCCCAGGCUUGGACCUGUAAAAUGCAGGCCCCGAGCUCCAGGGCUGUGCACCUGAGCGAAUGGCAGAAGAACUACUUUGCAGUUACGUCUGGCACGUGCACGGCCGCGCAGAAGGCAGAGGCCUACCGGGCGCAGGUGCUGCGCGUUCAGUAUGCGUGGGCCAACUCCGAGAUCUCCCAGGUCUGUGCUUCCAAACUGUUCAAGAAAUAUGCAGAGAAAUACUCGGCAAUCAUUGAUUCUGACAACGUGGAAACCGGCUUGAAUAACUAUGCGGAAAGCGUUUUAACGUUAGCAAGAGCGCAGCAGACGGACAGUGACAAGUGGCAGUCGGGUCUGUCGAUGAGUAAUGUCUUCCAGAUGCGCUGUGUGCAGGAGAUGAUGCGGGCUGGCGAGAAGCUCCGAGGCUCCCUGCUGGCCCCGGCCGAUGCUUCCGUCGUGAUCCAUGGCGGGGCCGUGGUCCCCGAUCCUCCGAAGUCUAGCCUUUGUGGUGGUUCUCGGGAGAGCGACCCACUGACUAAGGCAGCUCACGGUACAGGCUGGGCCCCGGACGUCCCAGGGAGUGGUCCCUCGGGCUCUCUGAGUGUCCAGCCCCCUGUGGCCACUAACACCCCCAAGACGUGUCCCAUGUUCUCAGCACCCUUUGGUGACUUAGCCACCCCGUUAUUUGGACAUGUCAGGAAGGAAAAUAGCGGCGCUCCGAAAGCCAGCCCGGGACUGAGUCUGUUCUUACCCCGUCAGCCUCGCGCUCCUGCCGGCAGUGAAGGCCCCUGGGACAGGAGCGCUUUCUACAGCUCAGGCCCCGCCGAAGCCCUUUCUGCCCCGACCCUGAGUGAGGCUCUUAGGAAAACGGAGGGGAACGGCCACCGGGAGGAAGGCGGCCUGCCAACCUUUAAAACCGCAAAGGAGCAGCUAUGGGUGGAGCAGCAGAAAAAGCACCACCCGCCUGCCCGGGCGGCAGCGCCUUCCUAUGGCGGCAGCGUCAAGAAGUCCCUGGGCGCCAGUCGAUCCCGAGGAAUUUUUGGGAAGUUUGUCCCUCCUGUACCUAAGCCAGAUGGGGAUGCGCAUGGGGGGGUGCAGUACAAGCCUGACAGUGCCGGGCCCGCAGAGCCAGCGCCCCCCGUGGAUGAGCGUUUGAAGAGCUUGGAGCCCAAGAUGAUCGAACUGAUUAUGAGUGAGAUUAUGGACCAUGGGCCCCCCGUGACCUGGGACGACAUCGCGGGGGUGGAGUUCGCCAAGGCCACCAUAAAGGAGAUCGUCGUGUGGCCCAUGCUGCGGCCCGACAUCUUCACGGGCUUGCGGGGCCCGCCCAAGGGGAUUCUGCUCUUCGGGCCUCCUGGGACUGGGAAGACCCUGAUUGGCAAGUGCAUCGCCAGUCAGUCUGGGGCCACCUUCUUCAGUAUCUCGGCCUCCUCCUUGACCUCCAAGUGGGUGGGCGAGGGGGAGAAGAUGGUCCGUGCGUUGUUCGAGGUUGCGCGGUGCCAGCAGCCCGCUGUGAUAUUCAUCGAUGAAAUCGACUCCCUGUUAUCCCAGCGGGCAGAUGGGGAGCACGAGUCUUCUAGGAGGAUCAAGACCGAGUUCCUGGUUCAGCUGGACGGAGCCACCACGUCUUCUGAAGAUCGCAUUCUAGUCGUGGGAGCAACCAAUCGGCCUCAGGAAAUCGACGAGGCCGCCCGGAGGAGGUUGGUGAAAAGGCUCUACAUCCCCCUCCCGGAGGCCUCAGCCCGGAAGCAGAUAGUGACGCGCCUGAUGUCCAGGGAGCAGUGCAGCCUCCGCGAGGAGGAGAUCGAGCUGGUGGUGCAGCGGUCGGCAGGCUUCUCGGGCGCCGACAUGACGCAGCUGUGCCGGGAGGCGUCCCUGGGCCCCAUUCGCAGCUUACAGGCCACCGACAUCGCCACCAUAACGGCAGACCAGGUCCCACCCAUAGCUUACGUGGACUUCGACAAUGCGUUCAGAACUGUGCGGCCCAGCGUGGCUCCCACAGACCUAGCGCUUUAUGAAAACUGGAACAGAACCUUUGGUUGUGGGAAGUAAGCAGGGCCCUCACAGUUAAAGGGGUGUCUGUGUGGCACAGUCUUUCCCGGCCUGGAGCUCAGGAACCUGGGGCUUCAUCCGUGGUCCUGGGAGUGUGUGUCCUGAAUCCGGAACCGCAGAUGAAGCAAUUGCAAUUGACAGCCUGUGUGGCUAGUAGCUUGAUUUUCUUCCAGUUGUUCCCUGAUGUGUACACCUAGUCAUACCCAACGCGAGGGAUCUUGUCUUGUUUCUAACGUCCUUCUUUUCAAGCUGUGCAAUGGGAUGAAUAGUGAGCCCAGAUUGAAGCUCUGAGUCCUACUUGUAAACGAGGCUGUGUGAUUUACACGGAUCUUUUAUUGCCAGUCUGUGGUUUAUGUUCGAGACAGAGCGUGGCUCACCGUUGUUUAAGAUGUAGGAUCUCACCAAACACUGGAGGGACAGUGCCAGCUUUUACUUCGGUUUGUGAGCUCUUACUGUUUUCUUCUCUUCGCAGGACCAGCUAAUGAAACAUUCAGGAAGAGCAGAGUGUGGUCUGAGAGCAGGUGUGCCACAGGACUGAAGGGGAAUGGUUUCCUAGGGGGCAGGUGUUGUCUAACAAUACAUAUUUGACGCUAGGUGGCAGCCCGGAGAAUUGGUAUCUUUCAAAAAUAAGCGUUUGCAGCUUUCUGUGAUGGCGCAUUCUGCUGUAUAAAUAAUGCGUGUUCAUUGUGGAAGCGCCACCCAGUAGAGGUGAGCAGAGGAAGGAGAGAAUGGCUGCUGCCGCCCCUUUGGGGAAGCACCGUGAACAGCUGGGAGCAGUUCCUCCCGGUGUUUGUGCAGCAUUCUCUUCUGUAGCCUCAUUUUUCACCGUUUCCCAUGUUAGCGUCAUCGGCAGCAUCUUCCCUGACACGGCCCCUCGGACUGUCGUGGGGAUGGCCUCACGGAGUCCGUCUUGGGAGUGUAGUUAGGGCAGGACGUUGGGCUGUGUACCUUUGUUUACUGUAAACGAAAAUAUGUUGACUGCCUAGUCAUUGAUCUUUCACUAUCUUUCCUACCAGUCAUUCACCUUUCAACGUGGAGCCAAAAGCAUCAAAAUGUGAAAUUAAACACUAGAAAUUAUUAAAGCACCAGAAAAGUGUGAUAAUGUUGGGAGUUCACAGUAGGAUUUGGAGCGUGGGCCAUGGCCACACCUGGUGGGAGAGUGUGGUGUGCCCAGCCUUUCUGGAAGGUGUGGGGUUGUAUCUGCCAAAAGAUGUUUCUCUUCUUGAUGUCAGUGCCACACAGAUCAGGUCAUUGAAACAUUUAAGAUUUGAGAAAACACACAACCUGAAUAUGCGACCACGGAGGAUUGUUAGCCUGCUGAUGGGGUUCACGACAUGGUUUUAAACCUCGUGGAUGCCGUGCAUUGCAUCCCGAGGAGAGAGCCGGCUCCUGUUCAGGGACGAGGCUGCUUGCACAUCCACAGGAAGCUCCGGGACACUCGCCGCUGCUGCCCGGAGCGAGGGGAGCUGGGACCCCUCCCUGGACUCACGUGCAGUGUCGGUGUUGUGACUGUUUCCAGCAACGAUGCACUCUUUGUAAUUUUUAAAGACUCAGUGAAAUAGUAUUUUUCAAGUAUGGAACAUGAGUAAUUAAGCAGUGGCCGUUUGUGUGUUUUGUUUUGGUGCCAAUAGGGUUGUUAGCAGGUGGUAGAGAGGCGAGGGGUCGGCAUUAAAAGCCCCAGCAGUAAAUUCCUCAGAAAGCAUGCCUUCCACGUGGACACGGGGCUGGAAAGACGAUGACCAACUGCUAAAGAAAUCUCUAAAAAAUGAAGCAAACCUCUCAUCAGAAUCCUUAGCCCACAGUCACUCAUCCGACUCCAGAUUGAGCAAAGCUGUCAGAUUGCUUUAAACAGUAGCUGUGAGGUACGCACAGAUUUCAUCUUCAUUUUAGGAAGCGGGGUGGCCAGAAACCCAUUGACAAAGGAAUCUGAGCAGGCGACACAUGCAGGACGCUCCGUCUGUGACCACAGACCUGAUGAACCCACUUUCCCGGAGGGUGGGGGACAGGUGAGGGUGACUCACGUCGGGAGAAACAGCCUGGCCGGCCGCGCAUACCCUCUGACCCAGUGCAGCGCCUCAGCGCAAAUGCAUGAUAAGCUGCCGGAAACAUAAUUUCACAAAAUACAGAAAAUUGCUGUAAAACCAGGACGCGAUUGCAAUUUAAGGGAAAUGGUGCAGAUAAAUCUAUUUUAAUGGAUAAGCUUAGAUGCAAACUAAA